CAGCCGCACCGCACCAUACAUCGACUCCCAUCCAAACAUUUCCCACAAAUCCCCUCGAACCCUAGCCGCCAUGUCCUCCCCUCGAACCCUAGCCACCCCUUCCUUCCCCUUGAGCACAAGCAACGGCCGAUCUAGACACCGGCUGCGCAACACGAGCAGCGGCCUGAUCGAUCCAGCCACCGGCCGCGCAUCCCCUCGAGCGCGAGCGGCGGCCGAUCCAGCCACCGGCGGCGCGUCCCCUCGAGCGCGAGCAGCGGCCGAUCAAGCCAUCGGCGGCGUAGCGCGAGCAUCAGGCCAUCGAUCCAACCACCGGUGGCGCUGCGCGAGCAGGGGCCCGAUCGAUCCAGCCACCCGCGACGCGACGCGAGCAGCGGCCCAAUCGAUCCACCCAUCGGCAGGGCGGCACGAGCAACGGCUCGGUCGAUCCAGCCACUUGCGGGGCGGGGCGAGCAACGGACGGUCCAACCACCGUAGGGCGGCGCAAGCAGAUCUUCCUGCUGUCCACGAGCCUGCUUGCUUGUUCUUCGCCCAGAUCAUCCAUCCAUCCAUAGUUUCAUACCAUACGCACCUCGUCCACUGACAGAUUAGGAUGUCCUGGGAUGGGACAGUGGUGUUCUUCCAUGUCGUGCUCUGAUCAUCAUCGCUGCUCCGCUGAUUGCCACUGCUCUGGGAGGACAUGCAAGCUCGGUUCAGCGAGCUGGUGUUCUUCUACUUGUUUAGCUUAAGAUUAAUUCUUCUUGCUAAUUUCUUCCUUGUUUUUCAGCAUCAGCAGUAUUGCUAGUGGGAGCGGGAAUCAUGAUGCAUCAUAUCAUCUUCUAUUAUAGUUGUAGAUAAGAAGAAACUUUUUCAUUGGUGUUGUCCGUAGUGUUUGUUAGGAAAUGAAAAGAAAUGUCGGCCUGAAUGUUAUUGCAUGCCGCUAGCAAAGCUUGCGAUCUGGGCCAUUGUUUUGACAGAACUCAAAGUCCACGACCAUGUUGACAAAGUGGGUUGUUAGUGGUCAAAAGAAAAAGGCGUUUCAGGCACUGCCUUUUUGUUUGGCUUUUCUUUAGAUGGAAUCACUUUUGGAGAUAGAAAAUUUCCAAAUUAACAUCUGUUUUGCAUUUUUGGUAAACUUAAAUAUUUAAUCCUCCUCUUACACUUAAAUUUCUGCAAAUAUAAUGCACUGAACUGCAAAAGUAUUUUAUUUUCCAGUGGAUGUAAACUGGACAAUUAGUAUAUUAUAUGAAGAUAUGAUACAUCAGCAAUAUUUUUCAAUAGCUAAAAAUAUGCAGGCUGCAGCUUGUGUAUUUCGGUAUGAUAGUGCGUUAUUUAUGUCGACGACAAGUAGUGAAGUGUGUGUGUCUAGAUAUUAUAUGUGCAACUUGAGUGCUUAUCUACCUUUCAAAGUAUUGCCCACUUUAUGUUUGUAACUCGUAACAACUAUGUUCUUCCCUUGGCCAUCAACUCGUCCAACGAGCAAGGACAGUAGCAACAACCAAUCAGGCAACUAAGCAUCACCAAGUUCACUAGCAUUAAUCCAAGUCCCUUGAAAUCCACAAUGACAAAGAUAACAAGAAGCAAGAAAGGCGCAGGCAUACAACUUGUUUGUUAAGUGUGUUGUUUGAUUUCUAUAGAUGUGAAUUGUGCUUUGUAUAGUUUUGUGCCUAGCUAAUGUUUAUAACCUAAUAAUUGAAAUUUACGUCUUCUAGGAUUGCUAAUAGUUCACUCCUGAUUUGUAUUCUGUAUUAAGUAACUAAAACGAAAUAAAUACAUAGUACGAUAACUUGCUUGAAUCACACGCACAGAACAAGUUGGCUUCGCAAAUGCUAAGUUAUAGCAUUAUAUGAUGCUUUGGUCUAUAACUGAAUUUCUGUUUGUGUUGUCUUGCUUCUCUAAGAGGAUAUAUCGAAUAUACUAUAUUUUUCCAGCAGUAUGCAUUAGAACAAAUUUUAGGUGUGCUUUAGUAGAAAAAGGUAGUCGCACUAUGAGGGAUGUACUACAAUAGUAGUUUGUUGCUACAAAAAGUUCGAUUCCAAUCUUAGAAUAGAUCCAGCCUCCAACUAGAAUCUCUGAUUGUGUAAUCUAAUGUGAUGUGAUUGUUCUGUAUCCACUUUUUAAAGUAUUCAAUGGGGCUGAUUUUCAGACUCCAAUGUUCUUUUCGAAUUGUUCCAUAAAUUACUGAUAAAUGUGCUGUACAAUGUUUAUUUAGUGACCACGUUGAGAAAAUGCUUGCAGAGUGCUGACAUGUUUCAACUUUUUAAUAUAUUCCCAAAUACACAACAAAAGUAUAUUAGUCACCUUCGUACAUUUUUUCCGCAUGUAACCAAACCUAUUAAAAACAAGUACUAUUAACUUAACAAAAUCCCUAGACCGUGCAGGUGCAUGGGUUGAUGACGAGUACUUCUGAAUUGCAAAUUGGAUUAUAAUCCUUAUGAGCCUUUAUGGUUGCUCCAUUAAUUCUGAUGUUUGGUUUUUCAUGGUAGGAAACAUGUUAGUCGAACAACUGGAACCGUUCGAAUGUGAAGUACCAUCACAAAACUCGUUCUCGCCCCUACAUUUUCGUAGGGCGAUUCUGUUAUCUCCUAGUACAUUGCUACUACACAAUAGCCAACAAUGUUGAAUAUCGUUAUAUUUCUAGAAUAAAUACAAUAGCAAACAAUGUUGAAUACUGUUAUAUUUCUAGAAUAAAUACAAUAGCAAACAAUGUUGAAUACUGUUAUAUUUCUACACAAUAGCCAACAAUGGCUGAUAAAUCCGAGUAUCAUCAUAUAAUUCAUGUGUGAUAUUUCUAGAAUAUGUAAUUGGUAGAUAGCAAUGUUGUUUUCAAUUUGACACACAUGGAUGAUAAGUUCCAGUACAACUUCAUGUGAUGCAAUAUUCUUUGCUUUCUGAAUUUAUUAAUAGUCGUUGCCAAACUAAUGUGUUUAUAUAAAUCAUGUUUGCUACUUUGUUAAUAAAUCAUGCACUUCUUAAUUCAUUUUGUGUAUGGCUUGCUGUCAAAACACUAAACUUAAGAUGUCCUUGAUUAAUUGAGUGAAGCCAUCAUUAUAGUAGUUGUAUAAUGUACGAGUUAUGCAUCUCCUAGUGGAGGAGCAUGUAACUUUUGGUCGCAUGUGUUGUGUGAUUAAAAUGAUGACUACAUUAUACUUUGAUUUUUGCUCGGUUUGUAGUCUUCUAGAAUUUUGUUCGUUAUUAUUACUACUGUUAUAUUCUCUUGAGAGCUAUGUUCUCAACCUAUCCUAUUGAUAUAAGUGCUUGUUGUCAUGUUUGUCCUAAAUAUUUAAUUGAAUAUUGAUAAAUAUUUAAUCGACUACUGAUAUCAUGUGUAUAGUUGAGUUACUAUAUUAAGUAGUAUUAAGUAGCCAGUUUCGUGCGUGCUGUAAAUAAGAUGUUGUCCCUUUUUUCAAAUAACAUCACUUGUCUUCUUGACUUGUUUUCAAAUAAGUACCGUGUGCAAUUUGUAGGCUUCAUUAUUAGUAAAAUAUGUGGCUGAAUAUAUUGAUGGACAUUGUACAUCUUUCUUCAAAUGCGAGGCUGACAUGGAAAGUGCUAUGGAACAAGAGGUACCACAACCUGGAGAACCAAAUUGUUGCUGUAGUUGCUGACAUUCUCACUACAGAAUGUCUCUUAGCACAUUCAUUCAAAAUUUUGGCCUUGAGUCAACCUUCAAAUUUUGUGAUCCUGUGAUGUAAUGAUACUACUAUGUUAUUUGAGUUAUAUUAUUAUUAUCAUUAUAUUCUCCUA